AUGUUUGGCCUGGCUGACAUCAAAGAGGCGCUAGAAUUCACCGAUGGUGAUUUGAACUGGAUCUUGGUUGCGUACACACUGACCUUUGCCACCAUUCUCCCCGCCGGGGGCCAAUUGGCUGACCGCGUGGGUUUGCGUCUCACCUUUCUCAUUGGCACUUUUAUGUUAUUCUGGACGAAUAUUCUCAUCUCUUGGACCCCAGAUCGAAAUGGCCUGCUUGCUGGUCGAGCCUUGGCGGGUGUUGGGGCUGCAUUGACAUGCGCAACUGGCAUAUCCGUCAUCAGUCACACAUUCCCACCCGGCAAAAAUCGAAAUGCUGGACUAGCAAUCUACGUCUCAUGUGGACCAAUUGGCACGGUGCUGGGUGUCAUCCUUGGGGCGCUGCUCACAGCGUCUGCGGCUGGUUGGCGCUCAAUGUUUUGGGUAAACUUCAUUCUGGCCGGUGUUGCCUGCGUGCUGGGCUUCUUGAUCAUCCCGAACUUUGACCGGGAUACGACGCGUGGAUUUGAUUACUAUGGUGUGGCCACUUUCAUGGCUGGCACCUGCUUGUUGAUCUUUGGAUUGAAUGAUGCGGUAGACUUGGGCUGGAAGCAUCCUGCCGUUAUAGUCACCAUCAUUGUAGGUGGCCUGCUGCUCAUCGCGUUCCCACUUGUGGAACGUAAGGUCAACGAACCGGCGGUACCGCUGUCGAUCAUGCGCAACCCCCAUGUGCUCGUUCCCUUGACUGUCUUCAUGUUUGUUGGUGGCGGUUGGGUCACUUGGUUCUUCUUGGCCACAGAGAUUUGCCUUAACUCACUCCACUACAAGACGGUGCUCGCAGCCUGUUACUUCUUACCUGCAACCGCAGCAUCCAUGAUCGGAGGUGGCAUUGGCAACAAGUUAGUCGGCAUGGGCCAUACGAAGAUCGUCAUUGUAGCCGGAUAUGUCAUCAGUGUGGGCGCACUCGUCCCCUGGGGCUUUGUCGGGCCCCAAUUUGGCAUCUGGUACGUGAUUGUCUUCUCGAUAUUCUACCUGUUUGCAGCACCCGGGAUUGCAGUGGCCGCGCAGGCCAUCGUAUUGAAUGAGAUUCCUUUGGACGAUCACGGCACUGCGGGGGCCCUCAUGAAUGUCAUGUAUCAAUUCGGAAGUUCUCUCUUCCUUGCGGUUGUCAAUGUCGUGAUGGGGAGUACUGCACGGACUGGGGAUAUAAGCCACGAUCUCCUGGUCCAGUACCAUAAUGGUAUGUGGACCUUGCUCGCUUUUACCGCGACGGGCUUGAUUCUGUUUGUGGUGUUCUAUCUUCCACGAGAGUCCCGUCAUGCAGGCAUACUCGAGAAGCCCCAGAAUGAGUCCGACGAGAUCAAGGAAGAGGAAGCUAUGGGAGCGACCAAAAACACCAUAAAUGUUUGA